GCCGCGGGUGGUUCUGCGGCCUGCGUGGGGAUUCCCGACGGCUAGAAUCUAGAAGUAGAAAUAUGAGCUCACCUUUGGCCUCCCUUGGCAAGACCCGGAGAGUGCCUCUACAGUCGGAGCCUGUGAAUCCUGGGAGGCGGGGGCUAAAAAUCUACGGAAAUGAAGAUGAGGUGGACAUGCUGAAUGGCGCGCAUGGCUCAGAAGAAAGGAUCUCUGUCCCUUCCUGCUAUGGUGGCAUAGGUGCCCCUGUGGGCAGGCAAGUCCCCGUGUGCAAUGACUCAGAACUGGUGGCCACCCUGACACGGAAACUGCGGGAUCUGGAACGGCAGGUGAAGGCCCAGACUGACGAGAUACUGUCCAAGACUCGGAAGAUACAGGCCCUGGAGGAGAUGGUGGAGACCCUCGAGAAGCACCAGGGCAAGGUGAGCCUGCAGCGGCAGGAGGAGCUGGAGACGGUGUGCGCGAAGCUGCAGCAGCAGGUUGGGGAGAUGGAGCGGUUCCUCGGUGACUAUGGCCUGCAGUGGGUGGGCGAGCCCACGGACCAGGAGGAUUCGGAGGAUGGCGAGAGGGACUGGAUGACGGUCAAGAAGUUCUGGAAGCCAGGGGACUCGUUGGUUCCCCCCGAGGUGGACUUUGACAGGCUGCUGGCCAGCCUGAAAGAUCUCAGCGAGCUGGUGGGAGACAGCGACACCCAGUUAAUGCCGGUGCCCGACAGAGUGCCGCUCCGGACCCUUGAACCCAUCCCGCUGAGGCUCUACCGGAAUGGCAUCGUGAUGUUUGAUGGGCCCUUCCGGCCCUUCCAUGAUCCCUCCACGCAGCGCUGCCUUCGAGACAUACUGGAUGGCUUCUUCCCUUCAGAGCUCCAGCGGCUGUACCCUGAUGGCGUCCCCUUUAAGGUGAGUGACCUGCGCAGUCAGGUCUACCCAGAGAACGGGCUGGACCCGUUCCCAGGUGAGGGCCGCGUGGUGGGCCUGCAGAGGAUUCGAAAACCCUUGGACAGCAUAGAGCAUCCAGGCUCCAGGAUGACCGCCGAGAAGUUUCUGAACAGGCUCCCCAAAUUUGUGAUCCGACAAGGCGAGGUGAUUGACAUCCGGGGCCCGAUCCGGGACACCCUGCAGAACUGCUGCCCGUUGCCUGUCAGGAUCCAGGAGAUCGUGGUGGAGACGCCUGCCUUGGCUGCUGAGCGUGCGAGGAGCCGGGAGUCUCCGGAGUCGCCGGCGCCCCGGCUCUCCAUGCUGCGCAUCAAGUCUGAGAACGGCGAGCAGGCUUUCCUCCUGAUGAUGCGGCCGGAAGACAGGGUCGGCGAUGUGCGUGCCCUGCUCGCACAGGCCAGGGCCGUGGAGCCCACCACCUUCGAGAUCUUCAGUACGUUCCCGCCCACAGUCUACAACGACGACGCGCUCACCCUGCAGGCCGCGGGCCUGGUGCCCAAUGCCACACUGCUGCUUCGGGUUCACCGGGCCUUGCCGCCUGCCCCUAGCCCCAAAUAA